AAAUCGUGUGAAAAGAGAUUUCGCUUCGAAUGUAAACCCCCACUGUUUUGGCUUCCCGUACUGAUCAAAAAGAAGUUGCAAAAUCGAUGCUCGUCGGGAUAAUCAAGAAGUAUCCCAGUUCACCUGUGAUUUCUGGUAAUUUCCACCAAAGCUCAAGGCGUGACGACAUCAAGGGUUCGAAAGGAGCCGAACUGCACGGAACGAAAUGAACUAUAUGCCUAUUUAUGAUUUCUGCAAUCUAUAGUUUUGCGCUAUUUUGAGGUUCUAUAUUGCAAUCUUAUCCAGAACAGUAAUUAAUGUUAGUGAUAUUUGUGAUUAAAUAGACGCUGCCUGACGCUCGCUGCUCGAAACGAGACCCCAGGAGCGAUACGCGUCAAAUGCAUCGCAUCUCUUUUCUUUAGCUGGGAAAAUGACUCUUUGUUAUCGUCCUCUUGCAUUAUUGACAAACUAUUUUCCUGUUUGAGCUGCACUGACACAAUCGGUAUUGCAUAAAGCGCAAUAGAAAUAAAUGUGACUUGACUUCUGCGAAGCACCUUUUAUUUUCGCCGAAUGAAAACUGAGAAGAGCGCUUUAAUUGGACAAAGGGAUACCCGAGGACUCAGCUAUAGGAAACUAUGGUGGUGUUCAGCGUCCCACUUGUCACGAGCUAAAUUAGUCUGGCGUCACUUUGGGAUCGUUUCUGAGGGAUUACGCGGGAUAAACAGUCCCCCCCACUCGCGUUUGGAGAGGCGCGUCGCGUUCGUGAGCGUCGGCUGAUGAAGUUCUCCGGCUGACGGAGCGCGCAAGGAUGCCGGUACGACGGGGGCACGUCGCGCCGCAAAACACUUUCCUCGACACGAUCAUCAGGAAAUUCGAAAGUCAAAGUAGAAAGUUCAUCAUAGCCAAUGCGCGUGUGGAGAACUGCGCCAUCAUCUUCUGUAACGAUGGCUUCUGUCACAUGUGCGGCUACACGAGGGCUGAAAUCAUGCAAAAGCCCUGCACCUGCAACUUCCUGUACGGCCCACACACCAAGAGGCUGGCCAUCGCGCAGAUGGCACAAGCGCUGCUGGGGUCAGAAGAGAGGAAGGUGGAGAUAGCGCUCUACAGGAAGGACGGUGUGUGUUUCCUGUGUUUGGUGGACGUGGUCCCUGUCAAGAAUGAAGAUGGCGUGGUGAUCAUGUUUAUUCUGAAUUUCGAGGUCAUGCCGGAUGAUAAACUGAUCACGAACCCGCAGGAUGUCAAUCAUAAGCUGCCUCUGCUGUGGCGCCAUUCAAGUAACGAAAAUCCUUGCAACCUCUUACGUCUGCCGCUCCUGAACUCCAGGAAUAACAGUAAAUCUUCUCUGGAGGCCGGACGAGGAACGUGUUUCCCCAGCAGCUCCCGUCCACAAAGCCACGAAUCCCUGGCUCUGGGCGAGCUGCUGUCUCUGCCCGAACACGAGCCGCCCCGUCUGACCACCACAGCCUCUCCGUCCACGCUGCUGCCCGAAGACCAGUGCAACCUCCUGAGCAGUGACCCCUCGUCCCCUCCUCCGGCCCCGCCGCACCCUGCACCCCUCGCGCUGCCCCUGGGGCACUCCUCUCCCCGGACCGCAGCGGUCUCAACUCCGGACGCCUCCGUGUCCAACUGCAGCCUGACCAACAGCCGCUCGCGCGAGAGCUUUCACAGCAUGCGCCGCGCGUCUUCAGUGGACGAUAUCGAGGCCAUGCGGCCCGAAUGGGACCGGAAACACCGGACUCGACCCACCAGCAGCAGCACGGGUGCCAUGAACAACAAGUCCAGCAUCCUGAACUCUACCUCUGAUUCGGAUCUGAUGCGUUACCGCGCCAUCAGUAAAAUCCCACAGAUCACGCUCAACUUUGUGGACUUUAAACCGGAUCCUCUCAUCGCCCUCCCGGCCGGAGAAAUGGACAUCAUCGCACCCUGCAAACUCAUCGACCGCACACACAACGUCACCGAGAAAGUCACUCAGGUGCUGUCGCUGGGCGCUGACGUUCUGCCGGAGUACAAGCUCCAGACGCCGCGCAUCCACAAGUGGACAGUGCUGCACUACAGUCCGUUCAAGGCGGUGUGGGACUGGCUGAUCCUGCUGCUGGUGAUCUACACGGCCAUCCUCACGCCGUACUCCGCCGCCUUCCUGCUCAACGGGGACCAGGACAUCUCCGGGCAGAACUGCACCUACUCCUGCAGCCCGCUCAACGUGGUGGACUUCAUCGUGGACAUCAUGUUCAUCAUCGACAUCAUCAUCAACUUCCGCACCACCUACGUCAACGCCAACGACGAGGUGGUCAGCCACCCGCUGCGCAUCGCCGUGCAUUACUUCAAAGGCUGGUUCCUCAUCGACAUGGUGGCCGCCAUUCCCUUCGACCUGCUCAUAGACCGCGCCGGGGAGGAGAUGAGUACAGAGCCAACUCAGCAGACCACCCUCAUCGGGCUGCUCAAGACAGCGCGUCUGUUACGUCUCGUCCGCGUGGCACGUAAACUGGACCGUUACUCUGAGUACGGCGCGGCUGUGCUCUUCCUGCUCAUGUGCACGUUCGCUCUGAUCGCUCACUGGCUGGCCUGCAUCUGGUUCGCCAUCGGGAACGUGGAGCAGAACCGCUCCAUCGGCUGGCUGCACGCGCUCGGCGUGGAUCUGGGGAAACCACACAACAGCAGCAUCAGGGGAUCGGGACCCAGCAUCAAGGACAAAUACGUGACCGCUUUAUACUUCACCUUCAGCAGCCUGACCAGCGUGGGCUUCGGGAACGUGUCGCCCAACACCAACUCAGAGAAGAUCUUCUCCAUCUGCGUCAUGCUGAUCGGAUCGCUCAUGUACGCCAGUAUCUUCGGGAACGUGUCAGCCAUCAUCCAGCGGCUGUACUCCGGAACGGCUCGUUAUCACACUCAGAUGCUGCGGGUGAGAGAGUUCAUCCGCUUCCAUCAGAUUCCCAACCCGCUGCGCCAGAGACUGGAGGAAUAUUUCCAGCACGCCUGGUCCUACACCAACGGCAUCGACAUGAACGCCGUGCUGAAGGGUUUCCCGGAGUGUCUGCAGGCAGAUAUCUGUCUGCAUCUGAACCGAACUCUCCUGCAGAACUGUAAAGCGUUCAAGGGCUCCAGUAAAGGGUGUCUGCGGGCGCUGGCCAUGAAGUUCAAGACCACGCACGCCCCGCCAGGAGACACGCUGGUGCACGCCGGAGACGUCCUGACCGCCAUCUACUUCAUCUCCCGCGGCUCCAUCGAGAUCUUACGAGGAGAUGUAGUGGUGGCUAUCUUAGGGAAGAAUGAUAUAUUCGGUGAGCCCCUCAACCUGUACGCACGGCCCGGCAAAUCCAACGCAGACGUGAGGGCGCUGACGUACUGCGACCUGCACAAGAUCCACAGAGACGACGUGCUGGAGGUGCUGGACAUGUACCCGGAGUUCUCCGACCACUUCUGGAGCAACCUGGAGAUCACCUUUAACCUCAGAGACACGAACAUGAUCCCCGGAUCCCCCAGCAGCGAUGAUUCAGACUGCGCCGGCUUCAACAAACUGCGCCGGAGAAAGCUUUCAUUCCGACGACGGACGGAAAAAGACGAUGACGAUGCUGGAGAGAUCAAGAAGAAUCAGAAGCCCAUCCGGAGAGGCAGAAAACAAGCAGCCAGUAACAAAAACGAGCUCAAGCAGGGGUGGGAGGAGCCUCGGAAUUCUGUCUCCUCCCACUCCAGUGGCGAUGAGGGGGAGGAGCCUGUGCACACAAGCCCCACCCCUCCCAUGGAUGUGACCGAAGGAGAGGGCGAUCCCAAAACAGGAAACACAUGCAACGCCCUAUCAGGUGCAUUCUCAGGUGUGUCUAAUAUCUUCAGUUUUUGGGGUGACAGUCGGGGGAGGCAGUAUCAGGAGGUGCCCCGCUGCAGUCUCCCGUCGCCCUCGCAGCAUCGCAGCACCCCCCUGCGCAGCAUCAGCCGCCAGCAGCGCAGCCAGAUGGAGAGCAGACUGGAGCUGCUGCAGAAACAGCUCAACAGACUGGAGAGUCGCAUGUCGACGGAUAUCGGCGCAAUCAUGCAGCUGCUGCAGAGGCAGAUGAUGCUGGUUCCUCCGUCCUACAGCAGUGUUUCCUCCCCGCCGCAGGCGUCCAUGUUCCCUGAGAUCUUUGUGCAGCCCGUCGCGCCACUGGAGUCCAGAACACCUGCUUCUCUCUCACAGUCCUGCGAGUUUCUCAGCAGCUCCACGGAGCUCCAUCCCGCGGUCAGCGUCGCUCCUCGUCCUCGCGCGGGAUUCUCCAGCCUCGGAGCCCGACCGGAGCUUGUGCCCGACCUGGACGUUCACCGGCGCUUCUCCCUGCAGGAGCCGCACACGUCACUGAGCUCACAGACGCCACAAAAACACGGCUCAGACCCCGGGAGCUAGAGAGACCACCGCGGGACCAGAGGAGAUCAGACCGGACGCACCAGCCCUCUCCGGCUUCUGGCUCUGCACUGCGGAGGGUUCAGAGAUCCGCUGGAGGCGGUUUCUCUCGUCUUUACUGCUGUCGUCCAGGAUUGGAUAUCCAGAAACGAAUAAUGAUGAUUAUUACUGAUUUAUAAAGUAGCCAUUAUGUCUUGCACUGAAUUUUCCAGACUCUCUCGAUCUUUAUCUUCACGUCUGCCGCGCUUCCAAACUGACUGAACUCGUUAGUGUUAGCUGGCCUAACAGAGGAAAAUCAUUAUAAUAAUAAUAAUGUGUUUGUCUGUCUGUCCUAUCAUUGCCUUUAUUUCCUGUGUGUCGAUGAAGAAGGCGGAGCCUCAGGCCCCGCCCAAGCACACUGGAUUGGCUGGACGGGGUGUGUAAAGCAAUGCUGUUACUGAUGAAGCAUAUCAUGUGUUCUGACGCUGAAUGAACAAUAUGCAACGAGUCGAGCGCUCAUCACGUCCCACUUGGCUUCGGUUUGUUUGUUUUCCAGCUUUUUGUUGUUGUUGUUGUUGUUUUUUUUAUAGUUAGAGCACAUUAGCUUUAGCAAUACCGAGUCCUUUAAACCACAAACGAAACCAAAUAUUGAAGAUUGGGUUGAACUGAAUGUUUUUCGUUGGUUUUUCCUCACCGUCUGCGUUGUUUACGGCCACAGUCACAUGAUUAUUAAUUAUUAUUUGGUACAUUUAUGAGCCUUUGAACUUGAGAAUGAAUUGAUUUUGGUUUUCCAUUGACGUGUGCACCAAUAAUAAUAAUAAUAAAAAAACACUUUAAAUAAGCUCUUAAGCAUGCGAUAAUAAACACUUCCAAUAUCUAGCUGUUUAUUUUACAUCAGACUUUGCCAUCAUUAUAUUUAAAUGACUAUAAUAUUUAAUAUAAGCGUUCUUGAGGAAGGAAGACGUGUGAGUUAUGACCGCGAUUGUAUUAUUCUGCCUCUAGGCUUGAAUUUAGAGGUUUUGAAUUGUGAGCUAUGUUUUGUUGAUACCAAAUAUUACAUCUAAUUUGAAUUAAAGUGGUAAACUGAACGAGGACGGAGGAGUUUGUAUGCAGGAGUUUGCACAUGUAUAUCUCACAUGUUCAUAUUUGUUAUUCAUUUCAAUAUUAUUAUUAUUACUAGUGUCUUCAUGAAUUCGGUGUAUAGGAGUCUUUUCACCAUCAUAUUCAGUUGAAUCUCACAAUAACACACACAUGUCCAAUUUUACCCAGGAUUUAACAAAAUCUGUUUUUAGGAUUUGUAUAGUUCUUAUUAUUCUUAAUGAUGAUUAUCUUUAGAUUAUAAUUCAUUAUUUAUUAUUAUGAUUUUUAUUUAAAAGCAUUGCAAAUUAAAGCCAACAAAUACUGAUUUAAUGUAUAAAUAUUAAGAAAUAUAUUUUAUUUUUUUCAUUUAUUUUUAUUUUUAUUUUUUAUUAUAAUUUUUU